AUGAAAAAAUUUAUGAGUAAGAACGUAAGUGAUUGUCUAGAUUUUCUUUCAAAAUAUGAAAUACAACAGCACUUUGGACAAGAAAAUAGUCAGACUAAGAUCUCAAAUGUUGAAAAUAAUCACAUUAAUUUAAUUACAAAAAUUCUUAAAAAAAUUCAUGGGCAUGGAUUUAAUUAAAUUGACUAUUCCUUAAAAGCCUACAAAUAAACUAGAGAAAUUUUAAUUAAGAAAUUUUAUGAAGAGGAAAAAUUAUUCAAUUUCUAAUAUUCUUAGUUCGUAUAACAGCUUUUAGCUUUUGAUAAAAAAUUUAUCUAAAUUAGAUCAAAUUUACUCAAUUUAUAAGUUCAUAUGAAAGUUAAUCUACAUAAUUAAUCCUUUGAGAAUAUAAAAAUUAAAAAUACCUCUUUAAUAGGUGGUAAUUUUGUAGGAUGUAAUUUAAGUGGAUCACAAUUUAAUAAUGUAAAUAUUAACGGAGUGAAUUCGAAUAAGGCUUUACUUAUGAACUGUAAAUUCAAGAAUAUUAAAAUUCCUGAAUUGAAUAAACUAGAGGGUCAUAAUAGUGGCGCGAAUUCAGUUUUUAUCUCACCUGACAGAACUCAAUUAGCAUCUAGCAGUGGAGAUAAGUCUAUUCGUUUAUGGAAUGUUAAGACAGGAGUUUAACAAGCCAAAUUAAACGGACAUACUAAUUCGGUCUACUCAAUUUGUUUCUCUCCUGAUAGCACUUUAUUAGCAUCAGGAAGCUUUGAUAACUCUAUCCGUUCAUGGAAUAUUAAGAUUGGAUAAUAAAAAGCAGAAUUGGAUGGUCAUACUAAUUCAGUUUGUUUCUCUCCUGAUGGCAUUACAUUAGCAUCAGGAAGCGACGAUAACUCAAUUCGUUUAUGGGAUAUUAAGAAAGAGUAGUUAAUCUGUGACAUUAGAUUAAUAUAAAGCUUCAAUAUUAUAAUCCAAUAAGUUACCAAUUGGAUGUAUUUCUUUUAAUUUUAUAUAGUUAAUACUAAUAUGACAAACCUCCUUAUAUCUCAGACACCAUAGUUUUAAGCAUAAAGUUCUUUCAUAUCAAACGGAGAAUUUACUAAUUAUUAAGAUCUGGAUUUAAAAUCAUUCUUAAAAUCUAAAGGAAGUCACUUUUUUGA